AUGGAAAAAUGGAGAGCCUGAAAUCCCAGGAGCAUCCAGAGAAGGAAAACAGCCACAGUAGAAGGCCUGACCCAGCAGCAGAUUCCAGCCUCAGUUCCCCGUGACUUUUGGGCCCUGCCUGAAAACCUGACAGUCGUGGAGGGGGCCACAGCUGAGCUGCGGUGUGGGGUCAGCGCCCCUGGCAGUACAGUUCAGUGGGCCAAAGAUGGACUCCUUCUAGGCCCUGACCCUAGGAUCCCCAGCUUCCCGCGGUACCGCCUGGAGGGGGACCCUGCUAGAGGUGAAUUCCACUUGCACAUCACAGCAUGCGACCUCAGUGAUGAUGCAGAAUAUGAGUGCCAGGUCGGUCGCUCAGAGACAGGCCCCGAACUCGUGUCUCCCAGAGUGGUCCUCUCCGUCUUAGUGCCCCCCAAGGAGCUUCAGAUGACCCCUGAGGCAGGGAGUUCAGUUACCUGGGUCGCUGGGCAGGAGUAUGUGGUCAGCUGCGUGACUGGGGAUGCAAAGCCAGCCCCUGACAUCACCUUCCUCCAGAGUGGACAGACAAUUUCUGAUAUCUCUACUGAUGUGAAUGAGGGGUCUCAGGAGAAACUCUUCACUACAGAGGCCACAGCCAGGGUGACACCCCAGAGCUCGGACCAUGGACAGUUACUGGUCUGCGAGGGGUCCAGCCCAGCUUUGGACAGCCCCAUCAAAGUUUCAAUCACCAUGAAUAUUCUGUUUCCCCCAGGACCCCCAGUCAUUGAAUGGCCAGGCCUGGAUGAGGGACAUGUACGAGCAGGACAGAACCUGGAGUUGCCAUGUGUGGCUCAAGGAGGGAAUCCACCAGCUACACUGCAGUGGCUGAAGAAUGGCCAGCCCAUGUCCACAGCGUGGGGUACACAGCAUGCCCAGGCCGUGGCUCGAAGUGUGCUGGUGAUGACGGUACGGCCUGAGGACCAAGGAGCACGGCUCAGCUGUGAGGCCCACAACAGUGUGUCCACAGGGACCCAGGAACGUGGGCUCACAUUGCAGGUCACCUUCCCCCCCAGUGCCAUUGUCAUCCUGGGAUCGGUAUCCCAGACUGAGAACAAGAACAUGACACUCACCUGUAUCAGCAAGUCUAGUCGCCCACGGGUUCUGCUGAGAUGGUGGCUGGGCUGGAGACAGCUGUUGCCCACAGAAGAAACCGUCAUGGAUGGCCUGCAUGGUGGCCACAUUUCCAUGUCCAACUUGACGUUUCUGGCGCGAAGGGAGGAUAAUGGACUGACCCUCACAUGUGAGGCCUUCAGUGAGGCCUUUACCAAAGAGACCUUCAAGAAGUCACUCACCCUGAAUGUGAAAUAUCCUGCUCAGAAGCUGUGGAUUGAGGGACCCCUAGAAGGGCAGCGUCUCCGGGCUGGGACCCGGGUGAAACUGGUGUGUUUGGCCAUUGGGGGAAACCCAGAACCCUCUCUCACCUGGUACAAGGACUCGCGCACAGUGACCGAGCCGCGGGCGCCGCAGGAGCCGAGGCGGGUGCAACUGGGAAGUCUGGAGAAAUCGGGGAACACUUUCUCCCGUGAGCUGGUGCUGGUCACGGGGCCGUCGGACAAUCAGGCUAAGUUCACAUGCAAGGCGGGCCAGCUCAGCUCGUCCACGCAGCUCCUUGUGCAGUUUCCCCCAACGAAUCUGACUAUCCUGACCAACACGUCGGCGCUGCGUCCCGGGGACGUGGUCAAUCUGACGUGCGUCAGUGUUAGCAGCAAUCCUGCGGUCGACCUGUUGUGGGACAAGGAAGGGGAGAGCCUAGAAGGCGUGACAGCGAAUCCCCGGAGCGCGCCGUACAAAGGUUUUGCCGCGUCCAAGAGCAUCCUUCUGCAAGUGUCGUCCCGAGACCACAGCCACCGCGUGACUUGCAGUGCCCAUAGCGCCGAGCUGAGAGAAACCGUGAGCGCCUUCUACCGCCUCAACGUGCUGUACCGUCCAGAGAGUCUGGGGGAACAGGUGCUCGUGGUGACCGCGAUGGAGCAAGGCGAAGCCAUCCUGCCCGUGUCCAUAUCUGCCAACCCCGCUCCCGAGGCCUUCAACUGGACUUUCCGCGGCUACCGCCUUAGCCCAGCUGGUGGCCCCAGGCAUCGCAUCCUGUCUGGCGGGGCUCUGCAGCUGUGGAAUGUGACUCGCGCAGACGAUGGUCUCUAUCAACUGCACUGUCAGAACUCGGAGGGCACAGCUGAGGUGCUUGUGCGUCUGGAUGUACACUAUGCUCCCAUUAUCCGUACCCUACAUGAUCCCACUGAGGUGGAUGUUGGUGGUUCUGUGGAAAUAGUCUGCACUGCUGAUGCCAACCCCAUCCUCCCAGGAAUGUUCAGUUGGGAGAAGCUGGGAGAAGAGGACGAAGACCAGAGCCUGGACGACAUUGAGGAAGUAUCAAAGGGACCCACAGGGUGUCUGAAGAUUCGUUCUGCCAAACUGACCCAGGCUGGUGCCUACCAGUGCAUUGUGGACAAUGGGGUGGCACCUCCAGCCCGAGGCCUGAUCCGUCUUGUUGUCAGAUUUGCCCCCCAGGUGGAGCACCCCACCACCCUAAGUAAGGUGGCUGCAGCUGGCGACAGCACCAGUUCUGCCACCCUCCACUGUCGUGCUCGAGGUGUCCCCAACAUUGUCUUCACAUGGACCAAAAAUGGGGUUCCACUGGACCUCCAGGAUCCCAGGUACACGGAGCACAUAUAUCAUCAGGGUGGCAUCCACAGCAGCCUUCUGACCAUCGCCAAUGUAUCUGCAGCCCAGGAUUAUGCCCUCUUCACAUGCACAGCCACCAAUGCCCUUGGCUCGGAUCACACCAAUAUUCAACUUGUCAGCAUCAGCCGUCCUGAUCCCCCAUCAGGAUUAAAGGUCGUGAGCAUGACCCCAAACUCGGUGGGGCUGGAAUGGAAGCCUGGCUUUGAUGGGGGUUUGCCACAGAGGUUCCGAAUCAGAUAUGAGGCCCUGGAGACUCCGGGGUACCUCUACAUGGAUGUCCUACCAUCCCAGGCCACUACCUUCACACUGACUGGGCUGCAGCCUUCUACACGUUACAAGAUUUGGCUGCUGGCCAGUAAUGCCUUGGGGGACAGUGAACUGACCAUCAAGGGGACCCACCUCUCCAUUUCUACUCCAGGCCUGGACCAGCCUUCUGGAGAACCUGAAUACCAGCCUCCUACAGAGCAGCCUGCAGGACCCUCAGGGCUGCCUCUGCUGCCAGUGUUGUUUGCUGUUGGGAGUCUCCUGUUGCUUUCCAAUGCCUCCUGUGUUGGGGGAUUCCUCUGGAAACGGAGACGGAGACAUCUUGCCAAGGGCAUCUCAGAGAAGACAGAAGCAGGGUCGGAGGAGGACAGAGUCAAGAAUGAAUAUGAGACGAGUCAGUUGAGUGGAGACCGGGACACUCAAAGCUCUAUGGUCAGCACAUCAGAUAUAGAACCAUAUUAUCACUCCAUGAGGGACUUCAGCCCCCAGCUCCCCCCCAUGCUGGAGGAAGUGCCUUAUCGCCAAGGUGAGUCAGGUUUUGAGGAUGAAGAUAUGGUCUUUCCUGGACCCCUAUAUGAUGAGGUGGAAAGACAGUAUGCGCCAUCUGGGACCCUUGGAGCCCUCUACGAUGAAGUACAGAUGGACCCCUAUGACCACCGUUGGCCUGAGUACAUGUAUGAGGAUCCAAGAGGAAUCUAUGAUCAAGUGCCAGGAGAUGUGAACACCACGGAACCGGAUUCUCUGCCCUUUGAACUGCGGGGACAUCUGGUGUGA